CGGCCCCCGUGACGCGGGGUGGCGACUGGCUCCCGUGUCUGAGGGGCUCCUGCUUGUCAGGUUCUAGAGACCCUUGGCGAAGAUCUGCUGCUCUUCGGACCUGAUGGUUGGCAACAUUAAAUAGACACCAUCUCAAAUUGUCAGCGUCCAGUUAAGGCCGCUUCUGCACCACUUCAAAGGUUUGCAGAACAAAAGAUCAUUUCUGGCUUGAUCACAAAUCUCCUUCUGAGGACUAACUGAGCUCAUAUUUUUUGGCUAGACCUGUGAUCAUUCCCAUGAGCCUUCACUCUACGUUUUUUCAAGUGUUUUCUUCAUCCCUAAUGAGUAAUCAUACCUCGACAUGGACCUGCUACUUUAGCUAAGACAUGACCAGCAAUGAAUAGUAGUAAGAUAUGUGCUGAUUAGAAAGCUGAACUGUGCAGUGAGAAGGACAAGCAGUGCCUUACAAAAAUGGGGUUUGGGAGUGACCUGAAGAAUUCACACGAAGCUGUGUUAAAAUUGCAAGACUGGGAAUUACGGUUACUGGAAACAGUGAAGAAAUUUAUGGCUCUGAGAAUAAAAAGUGAUAAAGAAUAUGCAUCUACUUUACAGAACCUUUGUAAUCAAGUUGAUAAGGAAAGUACUGUACAGAUGAAUUAUGUCAGCAAUGUAUCUAAGUCGUGGCUACUUAUGAUUCAUCAGACGGAACAACUUAGUAGGAUAAUGAAGACACAUGCAGAAGACCUGAACUCUGGACCCUUGCACAGGCUCACCAUGAUGAUCAAGGACAAACAGCAGGUGAAGAAAAGUUACCUCAGUGUUCAUCAGCAGAUAGAGGCAGAGAUGAUCAAGGUUACAAAAACAGAAUUGGAGAAAUUGAAAUCCAACUACAGACAGUUAAUUAAAGAAAUGAAUUCUGCCAAAGAAAAAUAUAAAGAAGCUUUAGCUAAAGGGAAGGAAACAGAAAAAGCCAAGGAACGUUAUGACAAAGCCACCAUGAAACUUCAUAUGUUACAUAACCAGUAUGUGUUGGCGUUGAAAGGGGCACAGCUUCAUCAGAAUCAGUAUUAUGAUACUACACUUCCUCUGCUUCUGGACUCCUUACAAAAGAUGCAAGAAGAAAUGAUAAAAGCACUGAAAGGUAUAUUUGAUGAAUACAGCCAGAUAACCAGUCUUGUUACAGAGGAAAUAGUGAAUGUCCAUAAAGAAAUUCAGUUGUCUGUUGAACAGAUAGAUCCUACUACAGAAUACAAUAAUUUCAUAGAUGUUCACAGAACAACAGCUGCUAAAGAACAAGAAAUUGAGUUUGAUACUUCCUUAUUAGAAGAAAAUGAAAACCUUCAGGCAAAUGAAAUCAUGUGGAAUAAUUUAACAGCAGAGAAUUUGCAAGUAAUGUUGAAAACUUUAGCAGAAGAUCUAAUGCAGACCCAGCAGAUGCUUUUAAACAAGGAGGAGGCUGUCUUGGAGCUAGAAAAUAGGAUUGAAGAGUCUUCUAAGACAUGUGAAAAGAAGUCUGAUAUUGUGCUUCUGCUAAGCCAAAAACAGACACUUGAAGAGCUGAAGCAGUCAGUCCAGCAGCUGAGAUGCACUGAGGCAAAGUUUGCAGCACAAAAAGAAUUACUGGAACAAAAAGUACAAGAAAAUGAUGGGAAAGAGCCACCCCCAGUAGUAAACUAUGAAGAAGAUGCACGAUCAGUUACAUCGAUGGAAAGAAAGGAGAGGCUAUCCAAAUUUGAGUCUAUUCGUCAUUCAAUUGCUGGAAUAAUUAGGUCUCCAAAAUCCGCACUGGGCUCUUCAACAUUUUCUGAUGUGAUCUCCUUAAGUGAGAAGCCCCUGGCAGAGCAAGACUGGUACCAUGGUGCAAUUCCUAGAAUAGAAGCCCAAGAACUGUUGAAACAACAAGGAGACUUCCUGGUGCGAGAGAGUCAUGGGAAACCCGGUGAAUAUGUCCUUUCUGUAUAUUCUGAUGGACAGAGGAGACACUUUAUCAUACAAUUUGUUGAUAAUAUGUAUAGAUUCGAGGGCACUGGGUUUGUAAACAUCCCUCAACUUAUAGAUCAUCACUACACAACAAAACAAGUCAUCACUAAGAAAUCAGGUGUGGUUCUGCUGAAUCCUAUUCCCAAGGAUAAGAAAUGGAUUCUCAAUCAUGAAGAUGUCAUAUUGGGAGAAUUACUGGGAAAGGGAAAUUUUGGUGAAGUCUAUAAGGGCACCCUGAAGGAUAAAACUGCUGUUGCUGUCAAAACAUGUAAAGAAGACCUUCCUCAGGAAUUGAAGAUAAAAUUUUUACAAGAAGCAAAAAUUCUCAAGCAAUAUGAUCAUCCCAAUAUUGUCAAGCUUAUAGGAGUUUGCACACAAAGACAGCCUGUCUACAUCAUUAUGGAACUGGUUCCAGGAGGUGACUUCCUCUCCUUUCUGAGAAAGAAGAAGGAUGAAUUAAAACUGAAACAGUUAGUGAAAUUUUCAUUAGAUGCUGCUUCUGGUAUGCUGUAUUUGGAGAGUAAGAACUGUAUACACAGGGACCUCGCAGCGCGAAACUGCCUGGUCGGUGAAAAUAACAUCCUGAAAAUCAGUGACUUUGGAAUGUCUCGUCAAGAGGACGGCGGAGUGUAUUCAUCUUCUGGCUUAAAGCAGAUCCCCAUUAAGUGGACGGCCCCAGAAGCUCUUAAUUACGGGAGAUACAGCUCUGAGAGUGACGUGUGGAGCUUUGGCAUCCUCCUCUGGGAGACAUUCAGCUUAGGAGUCUGUCCUUACCCUGGAAUGACAAACCAACAAGCGCGAGAGCAAGUGGAAAGAGGAUACCGGAUGUCAGCCCCCCAGCACUGUCCGGAAGACAUCUCUAAGAUCAUGAUGAAGUGUUGGGAUUAUAAGCCUGAAAACCGCCCCAAGUUCAGUGAACUUCAGAAAGAGCUCACCAUCAUCAAGAGGAGACUCUCAUAGGGACGGGCCGGCGCCGGUGGCCCAGUAACAACCGCCUGACACCUUGUUCCCUGCAGCCAGUCUUCUAAGGUGAUUGGUUUUCUAUUAACUGGGUUUCUAAAAACAUGUUCCACUCUAAAAAAAAAAAAAAAAAAAAAAAAAGUCAGAAGCAAAUCUGUUCUGGACACAGACCUCCCGCCAAGGGCUUUCUUAGCUAGCCACAGCCGUCCUGCCACUCGAAGCUUCUAACUAGAGCACGGGCGCCGGGCGUGGGAAGGGCGUGAGGCUGCCUUUGCACACCCAGGGCCGCUGGUUUCUGGCAGACGUCUUCUCCGGGCGCGGGGCGUGGGCCGCCACGCUCCGCCAUGGACCCUGCGCCCUUGGUGCUAAAAGUCGCACGGGGCCCGCCGCAGCGGGCUUUUCAGGCCGCCAAAGCCAGAUUAUCCCUGCAAAGGAAAUCUAACAUCGGGAACUGGCUGGGCCUCCCGGGGCCUGUCUUUGUUUUCCUGCCAGACACGGAAGCCCAGCGUGAGACUCCCGGUGCUCCUGCAUUCUUCCUAAGGUUCUCUUCUCCCUCCUCCUGGCGUGGACGCCAGAACCCCGGGCCCCAAGUUAGAGCCCCAAGUUAGAUGCUCUCCCGGGAGGGUGGGGCGGCCAGUGGGCGGGCGGCGCGCAGGGCAGGCAGCUCUGGGCGCUGGGUGAUCCAACAGAGAAGGAAGGGAAGCCACAGUCUGCCUCCUCCUCAGAGCGACGCCUUUACAAACACACACACGUCCAUGCGAGCUUUGCAGUAUGCGGUCUGAAUUCACAAGAACAGGUUCUGUUCAGGAACUCUUAGACAAGAGUAACAAAAACGUAUCUGGACACACUACACAGCCCAAAUCCACAGAAACACCAGCAAUACAUCUGCUUGAGUACCUCCACCCCAGAGGAGGCAACCAGAAUGUAAUUCUCUUUCUUUGUACCGCUUUUGGGAGCUGUCAGAAUUUCCUGAUUCCAAACACAUGUGUGUGUGUGUCCAUACAGAUGUGCACAGUGCACACACACACACACUACCAGGGUGCAGGGCAGGUGGGUGGUUUGGAAGUCAAGUGAAUAGUAAGAGGAAAAGACCUAUGCACAGCCCUCCUGUUCCCACUCUCCCCCUCCCUUUGAUCACCUUCGUGAUGACUUGGUCUCCGUGUGUUGGAAGAGCUUCCCUCCCCAGCUGUGUGCGACCCCUGAGUGUCAUUGCACAGCCCUCACACCAGUGCUUCAGAGCAUAAAGGUGUUCUGAAGACAAAAAUGACUGGAGUCUGUCAUUUCAGCCUCCUUGCAGAGUUUUUCCACCGUUAGUGGCUAAUCCAUUUAGACCCCAAUGAGAUCGUAAUCAAGUUUCCCUUAAAAACAUGUUGUGAUAUACAAGGCAACUUCAUUUGAUUCAGCAUGACUCCCCCUUCUUUCAAGUCUUGUGAGUAAAUGGACCUUUCUCUUGAUGGCACAUACCAUGGUAGAUCCAAGCCGGGAUUCUUGAAUUAAGUGCUGUGGUCUUCAGGCACCUGCCAGCCUUCAGAAGUAAGAACAAGAUGAGACAUCUGUACCCCUUUCAUAUUUCCAAGUGAAGCUCUGUUUGUAACAUUCUUUGUUUAAAGAAAGCAGUCUUCCAUCACUUAGCAGCCUCAGUGCCAAGCUCUCGGGAAAGAGAGAGAAUGAUGGUUUUGGGUUUAAUUUUCUGAACAAGACCUGAAGCUUAAUCCUUGCAUUCUGGCAUAAAGAAUGAACAUGGCAUUGAUAUUUCACUCAUCCAGGCUGUUGGAAUUUGCAAUUCACAUCAUAACUCUGUGCUUAAAUUAAAAAGCUUUGCAAAACAUCAUGACAUCUGCAGCAUUUAAAUUCUAUUUUAUGCUUUGUCCCAAAGCAGGCAGUGGUACAGUUCAAGAUUAAUAACUCAUUGGGAGUCUUUCAAGAUCUUAUCAGUUGUAUGGAAUAUUAAAUUUGAUAUAGGCACAUGCAUUAAGAAAAGCUUCUGCAAACCAUUUUUUACUGUUAAUUUUGUUGUGCAUGGAGCAUAAUUUAUUCACCCCUUCUGUCACUGAUAAUUAUUGGGAUUAUGUACUUUAGGAAGCUAAUCCAUACCCCAAAAGCACACACAUACUGUUCUGAAUUCCCAAGUUUAUGUAGGGGAAGGAGCUUUCACAAACACACGAAAUCCUGAGGCUUGUGUAGUAAGACAACAGUUGUAACCACAGUUGUCACUGGUCUGGAUGUGAUUGAGUCUGGUCACCAAUCUUUGUUAACAGAUUAUCCAAGAGUUGCACUACUGUCUAGUUCCUCUCAUAUUAUCGUACAUGUAUUUAUUGGGCGGGGCAUGGGGGACGGUCAACACAGGCAGUCCAGCUUUCACUUGCAUUUUUUUUUCUACCUUAACUCACCAAGGAGCCUUUCUUUGUAAGAAAUAUGUCGGUAGCACAUCAUUUUACCCUGUGUUCCCAACAUGUGAAACCUAAAAUGAAUUUCAUGUUCCACAUAGUCGAAGAUUUCUUCCCAAAGCCAAAUAGUUAUAAAGCAUUAACAAGUUUGGCUGAACAUUUUGGAAACGGGUCUCAGAUUACUGUUUAAACUCCCAGGGUCAGUAUGGGCACUGGUCCUCCCCACCCCCAGAGGGCGCUGUUUCAGCCCCAAGACAAGGUUGCACCAGGAGUGCAGUUGUGUGAGGUGCUAUUCAGUGCACAGUUCCCACUUGUUUCCCUUUUUUAGGGUUAUUUUGAAAAGAAAAGAAAAUGUUCUAUCGUUGAGAUACUUUUAAUUUCCUUUACACCACAACAUGGUCUUCCUGUCUAUGUUAUAUUUUAUAUUCGCUUCACCGUGUGGGCUUUUAAAGUCUGAUUAGAGCCACUGCCAUCACUAAGGCUUCCCAAUACUGGUGUCAGACUGUGGCAAGCAGAAGGUGUUGUAGUGUAACGUGAAGGGUCUUCAGGAAGACCACAGAAAAUGGAAUUGAAUGAUACCUUUAUUUUGGUGGAAAACUCUGAAAUCCUUGCACAGUUGUUUCAAAUUGUGCAUUUUUGCAAACUUUUUGAAGACUGCUUGUCUAAGCCACACACCCAGGCCCUUGCGGUGGGCUGAGCAGCGCUUAGAACACAGCGACGCACGCCAGCACUGUUCGGAGCUGUUUCAGUCGCACCACUGUCUGGUUAGUUCCUGUGAGCACCAGGGGUUUGAAGAGUGUGCCCGAACACCCGACUCAGUAUCCAGUGCAUGCAUUGUUUCGUGGCCACGGUCCUCUGCUAGCUUCUGGAAAGGGGUUCUCACCCCACCCUCCCUGGGGCCGCAGCAGACUGGGUGGGGGUUCUGAGGCCUGGAAGGACUGGCUCUCCCACGGAGAGGCCAGCUUGCACAAAACACAGCCCUGCACAAGAAAAAGAGCCCCAGGCGUUUGUUCUGUGGUAGUACCUUCAUUAAAUGGAAUCAAAGAUUUUAUGUGAAAGUGAAUCCCUAUUACGUUGCCAUUAUACUAUUAAGUUAGCAUGAAAGUUUACCAUUAAAAUAAAGUGUUACCUCUAUUAUUAAUAACUGAUUUUUUUAGUACCUGUCAAAAUCGUUUGACUCAAUAUUUUAAUUUUAUUUAUUUGUCUCCGUUUUGGUUAGUUUGCUGCCAAGUCUGAAUACACUUUCAGUUGGGAGAACUCACAACAGAAUAUUUAUUUCUGCAAAAGAAGAUACUGCCAUGUAAAAAGUCAGAUUCCAUGCACCAGGAUUACCUACUUGAAGGAGAUAGUGCUAUAGUCCUAGGAUCCCCUCCUCUAAAGCCUAAUGCAAGUGUGCACACUAGGCACCUUGGCCACAGCUCCACUUACGGAAACAGUAGCCCGUGACAGCCGCCGGCUGCCUGACUCGAGUCCGAGAUUACACUCUGCCCUGUCAAGUGCAGGCGUUGAGAACCACUUUGCUCCCUAAGAAUGUCGGAGAUUCUUGGGCGGUGGGGAAAUCCCAGGAACCGCACCAGAGGCUGGAGGCAGGCUGAGAAGGGGCGGGGCCAGGCCCAAGGCAGCGGAGGGCAGGGCAGAGCCCAGCAUUCUGGGGCUGGAGUUGGCAGCCCUGCAGGCAGUCUGGGAAAGCUGAAGCGGAACAAAGACUUGAACAGUGUCCCCACGAAACCUGAGGAAGACUAUGCUGUGAGGCCAGAGCCUGUCCUGCAGGAAAUUAAAAUGCCAUCAGGGCGAGAAGAGGCGAAAGGGCCCCUGGCAGGUGCAGGCCCUCCCGGGAGCAAACUCCCCUGCUCUCCCUGCAGUCUGAGCAGUUCCCACCCCUGCUCAGUGGUGGCGCUGCGCGGCGCUCAUGGCUUCGCUUAGUGGUGUUCCCGGGCUUCCAAGGAGAUCACCCGAGUCUCUCUAGGAUUGCAUUAGCGAUAGUUCGUGUUUCU